UGCCGGCCGCCUCGCCCAGCGUCCCGGGCACCCGGGCCCGCGACCCCGGCACCCAGCUCCGCAGGCCCCGGCGGGCGCGCGCGUUCCAGGGCUCUGGAGGCCACGGGCAUGAUGCUUCGGGUCCUGGUGGGGGCCGUCCUCCCUGCCAUGCUACUGGCUGCCCCACCGCCCAUCAACAAACUGGCACUGUUCCCGGACAAGAGUGCCUGGUGUGAAGCCAAGAACAUCACCCAGAUUGUGGGCCACAGCGGCUGUGAGGCCAAGUCCAUCCAGAACAGGGCGUGCCUAGGGCAGUGCUUCAGCUACAGUGUCCCCAACACCUUCCCGCAGUCUACAGAGUCCCUGGUGCACUGUGACUCCUGCAUGCCAGCCCAGUCCAUGUGGGAGAUUGUGACCUUGGAGUGCCCUGGCCAUGAGGAGGUGCCCAGGGUGGACAAGCUGGUGGAGAAGAUAUUGCACUGCAGCUGCCAGGCCUGCGGCAAGGAACCCAGUCAUGAGGGGCUGAGCGUUUACGUGCAGGGCGAGGACGGGCCGGGCUCCCAGCCUGGCACCCAUCCCCACCCCCACCCCCACCCCCACCCUGGUGGGCAGACCCCUGAGCCCGAGGACCCCCCUGGGGCCCCCCACACUGAGGAAGAGGGGGCCGAGGACUGAGGCCCCCUAACCCUUCCUCCCCUCUCGUCCCCCUGUGGAAUGUUGGGUCUCACCCUCUGGGGAAGGGUGAGGGGAGAGGCUGAAGCCCCCCUUUGGCACUGGAUGGACUUGGAUUCAGACUUGGACUUGGAAUGCUGCCUGGUUGCCAUGGAGAUCUGAAGGGGAGGGGCUGGAGCCAAGCUGCACAAUUUAAUAUAUUCAAGAGUGGGGGGAGGAAACAGAGGUCUUCAGGGCUCUUCUGUGUGUGGGGGGGUUUCUUCCUGUCUGCCUUCUAGAGAUGUGCCCUUGGGAGGGAGAGGAAGUUGCCUAAGCUGCUGAGGUUGGCCUGAGGCCAUCCAAGAUGGCGGGAGCCAGGCUAAGGACCACACAGCCCUGGGGGGUGGCAGGACCCCUGGGGGUGCAGAUGGUACAGCUACCUUGGGCUGAGGGUGAGGCCCUAGCCAGCCCAGCUUUGAGGGAGGGCCUGGGCUAGGAAGGCCAUUGGCAGAAGCUCCUGCCCCACAGCUUUCCCCAAGGGCCUCCCACCCCACUCCCCAUGCCCAGGGAAGCAUCUACCCAGUGGCACUGAGGUGGCUUCCCUCAAUGGAGUGGCUUGGGAGUCAGGCCUGGGCAGGACCCUGCUGACUCACGGCACUGGAGCUGGGAGCCAGGCUCUCUGGGCCUUUCUCUGGCUUCCUUGGCUUGCCUGGUUGGGGUGCGGGGAAGAGGGGGAGGAGGAAAGGGAGGAGUCUUCCGGGGCCAGGGGUGGGGGGUGGCCCCCCCGUCACCUCUGAAGAAGAGCAUCCCUCCCUCCUCUCCCUCUUAGAGAUCUUAGUGCCUCUCACUGCCCCCCAAUUUCUGAUGGAGCCAGCCCCACCCUCUUGGGGAAGCUAUAUCUGAAUAUCUGACAGGGAGAGGGAUGUGGGGAUCAUCUCCCUUACCCAGAGGUUCCAGGAAAGACCUGGGUGCGAUGGACUCUGGCCAAGCCUCAAGGAACUCCAGGACAAGGAGGAAUCAGGGCUCUCUCUAGCUCCCCAAUUCUGCCCACCUCCUCCCUCCCAGCUGCACUUUAACCCUACGGGCUGUGGGACCUGGGGGAAGGGCAGGGCAGGUGGGCAGUGAAGAAAGUUCCUCAGUCCCCAGAACUGCCUGCAUCUGCCCUUCUGUGCCCAGGGCGGCCGCCAGCCCACCACCCCCAGCCUGGGGGUGCCCCGGCCCUCACCGCUGUUCGGACGAGAGCUUCUGGAGCUUGUAAGCAGUAGAUGCCCUGACGGACCCUGAGUCUUCUCAUGAAUAAAUUUGUUCAAUGCC